AUGAGUGUACCUCCGGUGAUCCGGGCUCCAAGCCCCCUGGCUAGCUCCAGCUCCGGCCCCGGCUUUGUCUCCUUCCACAUUCAGAUCGGCCUGAGCCGCGAACCGGUGCUGCUGGACUCCGGAGACUUCAGCCUGGCGCAGGUUCGCGAGAUGGCAUGUUCCAUCGUCGAUCAGAAGUUUCCAGAGUGUGGGUUCUAUGGGAUUUAUGACAAGAUCCUCCUUUUCCGACAUGACCCAACUUCUGACAACAUCUUGCAGCUGGUUAAGAGUGCAUCCGACAUCAUGGAGGGAGACCUGGUGGAGGUAGUGCUUUCAGCUUCAGCUACAGUUGAGGAUUUCCAGAUCAGACCUCACUCUCUGUUUGUUCACUCGUACCGUGCUCCAGCGUUCUGUGACCACUGUGGAGAGAUGCUGUGGGGUCUGGUUAGGCAGGGACUGAAGUGUGAAGGUUGUGGACUAAACUACCACAAGCGCUGUGCUUUUAAGAUCCCAAACAACUGCAGUGGUAUUCGGAAACGACGACUGUCAAAUGUGUCCCUGACCAACACUCGAUCUGUAUCAGCUGAAGCUUCAUUAAGCCCCUCUGAUGAAGCUUUACUGUCACCUGUCAGUCCCAGCAUGGAGCAGAAGGACAUGUUCCCAGGAAGAGGGCGCUCCAACUCACAGUCGUAUAUUGGACGCCCCAUCGAACUCGACAAGAUCCUGCUGUCUAAAGUCAAGGUGCCACACACGUUCGUCAUUCACUCCUACACUCGCCCCACCGUCUGCCAGCACUGCAAGAAGCUGCUCAAAGGCCUGUUCCGCCAGGGCCUGCAGUGCAAAGAUUGCAAAUUCAACUGCCACAAACGAUGUGCACCCAAAGUGCCAAACAACUGCCUUGGAGAGGUGUCAAGGAACGGAGACCUGUUGAGUCCAGGAGCUGAAUCUGACCUGGUAAUGAUUGAAGGGUGUGAUGACCAUGACAGUGAGAGGAACAGCCCUCUGAUAGAUGACAUGGAGGAAGCACUUGCUGCUGACUCUUCAGCUCUUCUAGAUGUGGGCCAUGGUGAUCUCGGAGACUUUCAUGAUCCAGAUCCGGAUGAGUCCAACAGAAUUAUUAGCCCCUGCACUAGCAACAAUAUUCCUCUUAUGCGAGUGGUCCAGUCAGUCAAGCACAUCAAGAGGAAAAACAGCAAUGUGAUGAAGGAAGGGUGGCUUGUGCACUACACCAGCAAGGACACACUGCGUAAGAGGCAUUAUUGGCGUCUGGACAGCAAGUGCAUUACUCUUUUCCAAAAUGAUACUGGCAGCAAAUACUAUAAGGAAAUCCCUUUAUCUGAAAUCCUGUCUUUAGAACCCGCUAAAAACUUUAGCCUGCUACCUGAAGUUGCCAACCCACACUGCUUCGAGAUCGCCACUGCCAGUCUGGUGUACUAUGUAGGGGAAAACCUCUCUUUGGAGGAGUGCUCACUGAGCCUUGGGAGUGUGCUAAUCAGCGGAACUGGGCAGGACGUGGCCCACAUGUGGCAGACGGCCAUCCAGCAUGCCCUCAUGCCCGUUAUCUCCAAGGGCAUGAUGCACGGCAACCGGCACAGCCAUCACAAAGAUGUCUCCAUCAGCAUCUCUGUGUCCAACUGCCAAAUUCAGGAAAAUGUGGACAUUAGCACACUGUAUCAGAUAUUUCCUGAUGAAGUGCUUGGAUCUGGGCAAUUUGGGAUUGUAUAUGGCGGAAAACACAGAAAAACAGGCAGAGAUGUGGCGAUCAAAAUCAUAGACAAACUGCGCUUUCCUACUAAACAGGAGAGCCAACUGCGCAAUGAAGUCGCCAUUCUGCAGAACCUUCACCACCCAGGAGUUGUGAACUUGGAGUGCAUGUUCGAGACGCCAGAGCGAGUAUUUGUCGUCAUGGAGAAGCUCCAUGGUGACAUGCUGGAAAUGAUACUAUCUAGUGAGAAGGGGAGGCUGCCAGAACGCAUCACCAAGUUCCUCGUCUCACAAAUCCUUGUUGCACUACGCCAUCUUCAUUUCAAUAACAUUGUACACUGUGACCUAAAACCUGAGAAUGUCUUGUUGGCAUCUGCUGACUCAUUUCCACAAGUUAAGCUGUGCGAUUUUGGCUUCGCCCGGAUCAUUGGGGAAAAGUCGUUCAGGCGCUCAGUGGUGGGCACGCCGGCCUACCUGGCACCCGAGGUACUGAGAAACAAGGGCUAUAACCGUUCCCUAGACAUGUGGAGCGUGGGUGUCAUCAUCUACGUCAGCCUCAGUGGCACGUUUCCAUUUAACGAGGACGAGGACAUCCACGACCAGAUCCAGAACGCUGCCUUCAUGUACCCACCCAACCCGUGGAAGAAGGUGACACCAGAAGCAAUUGACCUCAUUAAUAACCUGCUGCAAGUCAAAAUGAGGAAGCGCUACAGCGUGGACAAGUCCCUCAGUCAUCCCUGGCUACAGGACUACCAGAUGUGGCUGGACCUGCGUAAUCUGGAGUGUAAGAUGCAGGAGCGAUACAUUACACAUGAGAGCGAUGACUCGCGCUGGGAGCAUUUUGCUGAGCAGAACGGCCUGCAUUACCCCGUUCAUCUCAUCAACCCUCAUGCAGAUGUUACUGAGGAGGCAGAGACAGAAGAGGCUAUAAUGAGCGCGCUCAGUGAUCGAGUCAGUGUACUGUAAACUGCUGUCUGUCCCUUUAAGAGCACCACACAACUAAAUCACACAGACAGAAUAACACAAACACCAGCAGAUUUAUUCUCCGCUAACGUCCUUAAACUAUUUUAUUUCACUAGAGUCAAUUUUAUCAAACAGUCAGUGCCUAAAGAGUGUAACUACAUUGUGGUAAAAUCACAACCAUUUACCUGCACAUUUCAUUUAAACUCAGAACACUAAACAAAGCACAGGGAGCACUGCCUAAC